GGUGAAAUACCCACGCAGGCGCAGUGUGAGAGGUAUUCAAAAAUACUUCCUGGUCAACAAAGCCACUCUGUUUACAUUUUAUUGAUGCUAAACUACAUUUGAUUUCGAGGCGUCGGCAUCUAUGCUUUUCUACAGCCUAUUUCUUCUACACUUCCUAUUAACAAUCCUGUAAGCAUUUUCUCUAGUAAUGGCAAAUUCCGUUGCUUUUCACACUCAGCUAGCCUCCAUCAUGGAGGUUUUGGCUAAUGCGGCCGUGGCUGAAAUCUGCGAGCUUGUUGACAAUGGCUAUGCCGUGCUGCAUGUGGAGAUAUCUCGAGGCCAGAAGGAGAAUGAAACUUUGAGGAGAAAACUACGGCUGAUGGAGAUGAAAGUGUCUAGUGCGAGUACUCCGAGAGAGGGAAUGGGAAGCUCCGUCCUUCCGCACAGUCGCUCUCGAGCUCACCUUUGCAUGGAAUCGAAAAGGACAUCAAACAGCGAGGUACGAUGUCGGGGAGCAAUUGAUUCCAAGUUGGUAACCAGCAUGUUUAGGCACAAAGAGGCCUCAGGUGACACUGGACAAACGACAACACCGAGAAAGACUGCAGGGUUGGAAGAGAUAAACCCCAAAUCACCUACCAUCAAAGAGGAGAUGUGGGAAGAAUCCUGGGAGAAUCAUGACCAAUGGGGGAGACUGAGUAGUGGAGCUUUAAAUCACAGUGCUGAUGGAGGAGAAAGGCAAUCCAAUGUCGAGACAGAGGCUGCUCAACCAAUCAGCAAAGAGGAGAACGCCAGCUCUUGUUUAUGGGUGAGUGGUGAAACGGACAACAACCUCCUGCCAGGAUCAAAUAACCUGAGUGUGAACAAAAGAUCUCUAAACCCAGGACUGGAAAAUGGUGAUGGAAUACUUAAAAGUGUGGGCUUUGAUUGUAUGAUGUUUGAGCCCCACAGACAACUUGGGACCCUUCGCGCACAGGGUUCUGGGGCUGAUCUUCCUGAGUGCUCUUACUCUCAUGUGGAUGUUGUACCCACUCAAUCGGAGUCAGAGAAUGGAUUCCCCUAUGAAAUGAGCAAAGUGAUUCCCUCCAUAACUGAGCACAAAAAACCUGUCGCUUACCAGGACGGUAGACAGAGGGCGCCGUUGCCCUCAGAGCCUCACAGGACUGUAGGAAAAGGCAUGGAAACAGGAUCCAAUGGUUUGGUCUCCCAUGACAGUCAUAACAAUGAUGGGAGCAACAAUGGCGACGUCUCAGCAGGUAAGCUGUUAAUUUGUAGUUUCUGCGGUAAGACUUUGGCUUGUCUGAAGAAUCUCAAGACACACCUGAGGGUUCAUACUGGGGAGAAGCCGUUCAGCUGUGCGCAGUGCGGGAAGCGCUUCUCCGACUCCAGCAACCUCAAGCGACACCAGAGCGUUCACACGGGGGAGAGACGCUACGGCUGCAGCCACUGCGGCAAGCGCUUCGCACAGUCGGGCUCACUCAAAGUGCACAUGAGCGUACACACGGGAUGUAAGCAGUUCAGAUGUAUGCACUGUGGGAAGACUUUCAUAUCGGCCAAUCACCUCAAUAGACACAUCAGUGUUCACGAUGGAUAAAUACUUUUACCAACUUUUCAAUGGGUGAAACCAUACCUGAACGUGCUUCAGCCAAGCUUGAACAGAAAAGGGACUCGGAGGUUGGCAUUUAUUGGGAUGAUUCAUGUACUGGAGGCAGCUCUGCAGGGUAGUCAGCCACAGUCAUAAAAUCAGCUUUUUAAACCAAACACUAAACUUAAAUUAAGACCAAAAAGCUAAAACCAUUUGUACAAUAGACGGUGCAUUUGGAAAGUCUUCAGACCCCUAGACCUUUUCCACAUUGUUACAUUAGCCUUAUUCUAAAUUCGAUGAAAUUGCCCCCCCACACACACACUACCCAAUAAUGACAAAGCAUAAACAGGUUUUUAGACAUUUUUGCAAGAUGUAGAAACAUCAAGGGUGAUCAGUGGAGACAUGAUGCACCUGAGCUCAAUUUUGAAUCUCAUAGCAAAGGGUCUGAAUAAUUAUGUAAAUAAGCUAAUUCUUAUUUGCAAAAAUGUCUAAAAACCUGUUCACCUUUGUCAUUAUGGGGUAUUGUGUGUAGAUUGAGGGACAAUUUCAACUUAAUCCAUUUUAGAAUAAGGCUGUCACUUAACAAAAUGUGAAAAAAGGAAGGGGUCUGAAUACUUUCCGAAUGCACUGUGUAUAACCAAUUUUGAUUUUGCAGCUGGCCCGUCUAGUGGAAAUCACUCAACUGUGCCUCCAGGACAACAGUCAUCCCAAUAAACGUCAACCUGCAAAGGAAUCGGGUGCUUGACUGACGGACUUUAUAUUCCAAAAAUGAUUCCUUACAUUGAAAAGUGUGUUUUUGUAACUAUCGUUGUUAGUCACUCAUCCUCUGACAUGACAGUGCCUCAUUUGAGGAAAAUAGUGAUAGUAUGUAGACGUGUAAGUGGUAUUGUCAAACAAAUAACUUUCAUGGUGCAAAUUUUGUAAUAGUGUAUUAACCAGACAGUUUUUAUUUAUUUUUUUACAAUAAUACGAGCAUGGUGUAGUCAUGAUUAAUAGGGUUCCUAAAAGAGCCAGUCAAAUUUAAUGGAUGGAUGUUGCACAGGCUCACUGCUACACGAAGGCCUCUUACAGUCAAUGAAAUAUAUACUGCCCUAUCAAUCUAAGUCUCUACUCCUCAGCUGGUGCAGAAAGUGGUCAGUGGUUUGAACACUGACGAGUCAUUCAUGAUACAUUUCACGGUCACGUUAUAGACUCACAUUAGAAACAGAAUAUUUCCAGAGAUCCUGAAAAUGCACUGAAAAUAUUGAAUCUUAAAAAUAAGGUCACAUACUUGGACAACUAUAAAAAAUGACAUUUAAUAAAGUUGUAUAAGCCAAUUGAGUUGAACUAUUUUACAAAUCUGUUAGAAAAGAUUAACAUUUCAGUGCAAUAUAGCUCAUUAACUAUUAAAGAAUAUAAAAACAGUACAACUGAUUACAUUUUCAGAUACAUCCAAAUGAGUGCAAAAGAUAAAACAUGCAUACAAGAACCAUACACUUUGCAAAUGUGGAAACUAGUUGAGUAUCAAAGCAAUAGAAAUUAUGAUUAUUUAAAAAAAGUAACAUUUCAAAACUGGUUUAUGUAAAGGUACUGUAAGUGACCAAAUGUACACAAUAGGAAAUUACUUAAAUCUCAAGGUCUUGUAAAGUACAUUCAGUAUAUGCCAAUAAAUCAUGAAUAUUACAAAGAAAUAACAGCCAUGUUGUCUUCAUAUACUGUAGUAUGUACAUUAGCUUUUGUUUACAACAAACUAGCAAUAAAAUGGUGUCUACCGGCAACUUUUUUUAA